AUGGACAACAUACAUCCUGAACAUAAGGAACUAUGUUGCAUCCUGAUCGUCGAAGCCCUACGAAAGCUCCAGCGCGACUUAUGGCGUACCAAAGCAGGACAGCCAAUCCUGCCACCCAGGACGGUGAAUGGUGUAGGCGGAGAGCAGUUUGUGGCCUGCAUGGGCAUGCUCAAGGACAAAGAAUGGAUCGACUUCGGAGCAUCCGGAACAGUCUUUCGGACGGACUUGUCUAUACCGCCCAAGUCAAGCAACGGAAUUGCCAAUGACUUGAUCCAGAAGUACCCCGGCUUCGAGCCCCUCACACACCUCAUCCAACGCACGGGCAACAGACUCGCAGAGUUUUGGACCGGAAAGGCCAAUGGCGCCCGUGUGCUUUUCGAGAAAGCCGAGGGCAAGAAGCUCACCGAGCAGGUGUAUAACAUCGACAACACCAGUAAGGCGUUCUACGGCCUAAUGAAACACUUCCUGGAACCGAUAGUGCGCUAUUAUUCAGAGCGCAUGCUGCGUCUGGGCUCGUCCAGACGUCCAUUGCAUGACGAAAUGCACAUACUCGAGCUUGGGGCCGGGACCGGCGGGACAGCAACAUGGCUGAUGCCGUUGCUCGAGAAAUACGUUCCACAAGGCUGGGCGAGAUACCAUUGCGCCGAUAUUUCAGACUCCCUCGUCGUGCACGCGAUGCAGAGAUUUUACCACCGGACCAACUUCAUGCACUUUUUCAGACUCCACAUGGAGGGACCCCUAGUCGACGUCUUAGGCAAGCAGGACAUCGUCAUCGUCUCCAAUGCACUCCACGCCACGGCGAAUACAGUGCAGACCUUGCGGAACAUACGUCAGUAUCUUCGCCCUGAAGGUGGCAUAGCGCUCAUUCUGGAGAUAGUAGAGAAGGAGUGCUGCUGGACGGACUUCAUCUACGGCUUCUCUGACGGCUGGUGGCAAUUUGAUGAUUCAAGGGUUGAAGCUUUGCAGAAUGAGGAGGAAUGGAAGCAGGACUUCUUUUUUACCGCUGGAUUUACUGAUGUCAAAUACACCAGAGGAAGCUCUCGGGAUUCUAGAUUUCAGAAGCUGUUCCUGGCUUCUAUGUUGCCAAAGUAG